CAUCGUCAUGGAUCCUGAUCAGAGCGCCAAGUUUCCUCUUCAUGAGGCUGCCCGUGAGGGCAAGACUCAAAUUGCUGAAUCGCUGCUGAACGCAAAUCCCAAAGCUGCGCUUGUCAAAGAUGACGAUGAACGUCUUCCUAUUCAUUGGGCCGUGGCCUACAAUCGACUGCCUAUUGUGGAGCUGCUAGUUGGCAUGAAGAAUUUCGAUCCCGAUGUUGAGGAUGGAUCUGGAUGGACUCCGCUCAUGAUCGCUGCCAGUCUCAAAGAUGCUGAGGGUGAUAAAAUCAUCGACUUACUUCUACGCAAAGAGGCCGAUGUCACCAUGAAGAGUAAUUCUGGCCAGAAUGCUCUGCACUUCGCAAGCUCCAAAUCCAACAUUUCCACGGUCCGAAGUCUGCUAGCGCAUAAAUGUAGUGCUCGGGUAAAAGACGUUCGUGGCCAACUACCUCUUCACCGAGCCGCUGCGGUUGGCUCUGUUCCUAUUAUCAAGAUGCUUCUAGAGGAAGGCAAGAGCCCUGUUAACGCGACCGAUAAUGACGGACUGACGGCACUGCAUCAUGCCAUCUCGGAGGGUCAUGGUGAUGCUGCAAUUCUACUCUUGAAGUCAGGCGCAGAAGCUGAAAAGCGAGAUGCUGAUGGGCGGCUAGCAAUUGAUCUGGUCCCAGAUGAUAAAGUCAAGCAGUACAUUUUGCAGACAGCAGAGAGGGAGGGAAUCGAGCUACCAUGAAAUUAACUUGUCAUCAAAAUCCCCGCUGAAACAAGGUUCUGCAGCAACCGAACGUUUGCUUUUAUGCUACCUCGGUGUCUAGCCAGUUUCCCCGCACAUCUCGCUCCGCAUUGCCGAGUAUGUGCCAAUCCCCGAUUGUCAUAAUGCAAAAUUUGUAGUGUAACAUAAGAGCU